AUGUCUCCACUUCUGAAAAGCGUCUUCGAUAUCACUGAAAUUUUCAAUCAGUAUGCCUCACAUGGUUGUGAUGGGGCAGCUCUAAGCAAGAAAGACCUAAAGAACCUCCUUGAAAGAGAAUUUGGAGAUGUCCUUCGGAGACCACAUGACCCUGAGACAGUAGAUCUGAUCCUGGAACUUCUGGAUCGCGACUGUAACGGACAUGUCGAUUUCAAUGAAUUCCUCCUGCUGGUUUUCAAGGUGGCUCAUGCUUGCUAUUAUGCUCUUGGCCAGGCCGCGGGGCUAGAGGAGGAGGAGAGGAGAGUCCAGGAUGAAGGGAAGGGAAACCUGUUACAAGAUCGCAGACAAGAAGACCAAAGGAGAUUCGAGUCCCGGGACAGACGAUUGGAUGAAGAACCUGGUCACCGACGCUGGCAAAAGAGGCAGGUACAGGAGAGGGAGCGCGCUGAGGAAGAGGAGCAAAGGAAGACGCAAAAGAGACAAGAGCAGCUCGAAAGGCAGCGCCGAGACCAAGAGCAGCGGCUGCAAAGGCAAGAACAGGAAGAGCGCCGAGCAGAGGAAGAGCAGCUGCGGAGACGCAAGAAUCGAGAUGCUGAGGAGUAUCUUGAAGAAGAACAGCAAAGGCGAGAGAGGCGGGAGCAGCGGGAGCGCCAGGAAGAGCAACGGCAAAGGCGAGAGCGAGAAGAGCAGCGCGAGAGGGCGCUCCAGGAGGAAGAUGAAAGGCUGCAAAGGCAAGAGCUGCAAGAGCUGAAGAGGGAGCGCCAAGAGGAAGAGAGACAGCUGCAGAGGCGUGAGCAGCAACUGAGGCGCGAGCAGGUGGAGGAGAGGCGCGAGCAGGAGUUGUCUGAAGAGGAGGAGCAGGCACAGGCCCGGGAGAGGGAUGAAAGCCUCACCCAGAGGUGGCAAUGGCAGCUAGACAGCGAGGCUGAAGCACGCCAGAGCAAAGUCUACUCCAGGCCUCGCAGGCAGGAGGAGCAGAAACGCCGCAGAGAGCAGGAGGAAGAGAGGCGUCGCCGGGAGCAGGAAGAGGAGAGGCGGCUCCGGGAGCGUGAGCUGCAACUGAGGGAGCAGGAGGAGGAGGAACAACGUCGCGACUUCAACCCGCAGUGGCAGACGGAGGAAGAGAGCGCAAAGCGCCGCCAGAGGCUAUGGGCCAGACCCCAGUUGCGCGAGCAGCGGGAGAGGCAGUUGAGAGCAGAGGAGCGCCAGGAGCGGGAACAACGAUUCAGCCAAGAGGAAGAGCAGCGCCUCCAGCGGCGAGAGAGAGAGCAGGAAUUGCGCUUCGAUGAAGAGGAACAGCUCCAGCGACCUGAGCGCGCCAGACAGCUCCAAGACAGCCUCUCCGAGGAGCAGGAGAGGAGGCGACGUCAGGAGGAGCAGCGCCGCAACCAAAACUUGAGGUGGCAACUAGAGGAAGAAAGCCAAAGACGCCACCACACGCUGUACGCCAAACCCGGCAAGCGUGAGCAGCUCAGGAAGGAGGAGCAGCUGCAGCGGGAGGAAGAGCUACUGCAGAGGGAAAGGAGGCGCCAGGAGCAGGAAAGGCAAUAUCGGGAGGAAGAGCAGCUGCAGCAGGAGGAGCAGCUGCGGAGGGAAAGCAGGCGCCAGCAGCGGGACAGGCAAUAUCGGGAGGAAGAGCUGUAUCUCGAGGACGAGCAGCAGCGGGAAAGGAAGCAGCGGUUCCAGGAUGAGGAUCAGCGCGGUGAUCUGAAAUGGCAAUGGCAACCAGAAAGAGAAAAGGAAGUUCGUAAUAACAGGGUUUUUUCCAAACGCAGAGAGAAUGAAGAAAAGAUCCGGCAGCUGGAUGAUUCUCAGGCGUUGGACAGACCUUUCCGGCAGGAUCGGCGGCCCCUGCAAGAUGAAGAGGAAGAGAAGAGAAAGCUAGAGCAAGAAAGGAGGCGCCAACAACAGCGCGACCGGGAAUUCCCUGCGGAAGAACAGCUGGAGCGAGAGGAGCAAAGAGAAGCGAAAAGGCAAGAUGCGAAGUUCCAAGAGGAAGAGGAGCUACUGAGGGAAGAAAGAGAAGAGAAAAGACGCAGUCAGGAGAGAAACCGAAAGUUCCGUGAGGAGGAAGAGCAGCUGAGACGCCAAGAGCGCGACAGAAGAUUCCGCGGGGAGCCCGAGCUCCGCCAGGAAGGGGAGGAAGAUCAGCUGCUCCGCCAGGAACGCGAGGAACAGUUUCGCCGGGAGCGCGACAGAAAACUCCGUGAGGAAGAGCUCCGCCAGGAAAGGGAGGAGGAGCAGCUGCGCCGCCAGGAGCGCGAUAGAAGAUUCCGUCAGGAAGAAGAGCAACGCCAGGAAAGGGAGAAGGAGGAGCUGCGCCGCCAGGACCGCGAUAGAAGAUUCCGCGGAGAACAAGAGCUCCGCCAGGAAAGGGAGGAGGAGCAGCUGCGCCGCCAGGAGCGCGAUAGAAGAUUCCGUCAGGAAGAAGAGCAACGCCAGGAAAGGGAGAAGGAGGAGCUGCGCCACCAGGACCGCGAUAGAAGAUUCCGCGGAGAACAAGAGCUCCGCCAGGAAAGGGAAGAGGAGCAGCUGCGCCGCCAGGAGCGCGAGAGAAAAUUCCGCGGAGAACAAAAGCUCCGCCAGGAAAGGGAGGAGGAGCAGCUGCGCCGCCGGGAACGCAACAGAAAACUCAAUGAGGAAGAUCUCCGCCAGGAAAGAGAGGAGGAGCAGCUGCGCCGCCAGGAGCGCGACCGAAGAGUCCGCGGAGAACAAGAGCUCCGCCAGGAAAGGGAGGAAGAGCGACUGCGACGUGAGGAACAGCAGCUGCGCCGCCAGGAACGCGAGCAGCAGCUGCGCCGCGACCGCGAUAGAAAAUUCCGUCAGGAAGAAGAGCUCCGCCAGGAAAGAGAGCAGCAAUUGCGCCUCCAGGAGCGCGACAGACGAUUCCGCCAGGAACCAGAGCUCCGCCAGGAAAGGGAGGAGGAGCAGCUGCGCCGUGAGGAACAGCAGAUUCGCCGGGAUCGCGACAGAAAAUUCCACGAGGAAGAAGAGCUCCGCCAGGAAAGAGAGGAGGAACAGCUGCGUCGCCAGGAGCGGGAUAGAAGAUUCCGCCAGGAAAGGGAAGAGGAGCAGCUGCGUCGCCAGGAGCGCGACAGACGAUUCCGUCAGGAAGAAGAGCUCCGCCAGGAAAGGGAGGAGGAGCAGCUGCGCCGCCAGGACCGCGAUAGAAGAUUCCGUCAGGAAGAAGAGCUCCGCCAGGAAAGGGAGGAGGAGCAGCUGCGUCGCCAGGAGCGCGACAGACGAUUCCGUCAGGAAGAAGAGCUCCGCCAGGAAAGGGAGGAGGAGCAGCUGCGCCGCCAGGAGCGCGACAGAAGAUUCCGCCGGGAAGGAGAAGAGGAGCAGCUGCGUCGCCAGGAGCGCGAUAGAAGAUUCCGUCAGGAAGAAGAGCUCCGCCAGGAAAGGGAGGAGGAGCAGCUGCGUCGCCAGGAGCGCGACAGAAGAUUCCGCCAGGAAGGAGAAGAGGAGCAGCUGCGUCGCCAGGAGCACGACAGACGAUUCCGCCAGGAAGAAGAGCUCCGCCAGGAAAGGGAGGAGGAGCAGCUGCGUCGCCAGGAGCGCGACAGAAGAUUCCGCCGGGAAGGAGAAGAGGAGCAGCUGCGUCGCCAGGAGCGCGACAGACGAUUCCGCCAGGAAGAAGAGCUCCGCCAGGAAAGGGAGGAGGAGCAGCUGCGCCGCCAGGAGCGCGACAGACGAUUCCGCCAGGAUGGAGAAGAGGAGCAGGUGCGUCGCCAGGAGCGCGACAGACGAUUCCGCCAGGAACCAGAGCUCCGCCAGGAGAGGGAGGAGGAGCAGCUGCGCCGCCAGGAGCGCGACAGACGAUUCCGCCAGGAAGGAGAAGAGGAGCAGGUGCGUCGCCAGGAGCGCGACAGACGAUUCCGCCAGGAACCAGAGCUCCGCCAGGAGAGGGAGGAGGAGGAGCAGCUGCGCCGCCAGGAGCGCGAUAGAAGAUUCCGCCAGGAAGAAGAGCUCCGCCAGGAAAGGGAGGAGGAGCAGCUGCGCCGCCAGGAGCGCGAUAGAAGAUUCCGCCAGGAAGGAGAAGAGGAGCAGGUGCGUCGCCAGGAGCGCGACAGACGAUUCCGCCAGGAAGAAGAGCUCCGCCAGGAAAGGGAGGAGGAGCAGCUGCGCCGCCAGGAGCGCGACAGAAAAUUCCGUCAGGAAGAAGAGCUCCGCCAGGAAAGGGAGGAGGAGCAGCUGCACCGCCAGGAACAGGACCGUCAGUAUCGGGCGGAGGAACAAUUUGCCAGGGAGGAGAAGCGUCGCCAGGAACAAGAAUUGCGGCAAGAAGAGCAGAGACGUCGCCAGGAGCGGGAGAGGAAAUUCCAAGAAGAGCAACUCCGCCGCCAGCAGGAGGAGGAGCAGAGGCGCCGCCGAGUCCGGGAUAGACAAUCCGGAGAAGACAAGGGUCAUAGGCAGGUCCUGGAGCCUGGCACGCGUCAGUUCGUCAAUGUUCCAGUGCGCUCCAGCCCUCUCUAUGAGUACAUCCAAGAGCAGAGAUCUCAGUACCGCCCUUAAGAGAUGCCUCCGAUAUCCCGAAACCUGCCAAAGCUUCCAGCCAAAGAAAAUGAGAAACACUGGGCACCACGUGUUUCUGGUUGUGGGAAAACUCUCUGAUGUUAGAAUGUGUCUUUUCUUCCAAAAUCUUAAACUAUCUUCA